GGGAGGGUAGAAAAAUAUUAAAGAACUGGCCUUUACCCAUCAAGUGGUUCAUGUCAAGAAUGUACUGAAAUAUUGCAACAGAAGGCACUCAGCUCUUAAAUGUGUCCUUUAAUGGAGCAAUCUGCUCUUGUGAUUGUAAGGGGAAAAAAAUGCAUACUCUGACUUAACUCUUGAGUACUGGCCUGUUCUGACAUCUAGUGGCCAUAAGUGAGGACAGAAAGUUUAGCACCAGAUUAGACUCUACCAGCUGUUAACUAUGUUCCUCUGCCUUCAGCAUGUGUGCUGAUUAUCACCUUGUCUGUCCUGGCUCUAUAUUGAACUGCACAGACACGAUGUGCAUGUGCCUGGCACAGGCCUGGGAACCUGUCAGUAAGUCAUUUUCUCUGGGCGUGACUUCAUGCGUACAGGGCGGUGUGAAACUAACAGGAUGAUUAAACUGCUGCCAUUUUGUGGGACUGUGGUUUUGCAUUUCAGAUACAUGUGAAAACUUAAUCUUUCUACAUGACACACAACUGAAACCAUACAUGUAUCACGAGAGGGCAAAUCGCUACUUGCUGCUGUCAGUGACCUCAGGGAAGGUUUCAGAGGACUAAAGCACAAAUGAAACAUCCUGACAGAUCUACCUUACAAAAUCACACUCUGAUAAACAACAGCUUUAAAAAAGGAAGUGUAGCAUCUGAUAGGGGAAGUGGGUGGCUGCAUUUUUUUAUCUCCAAACACUGCAGCAUGCAAGUGAGACUAAAUUUAACCUGUAGUACCACAUAACAGUGUAGAUGCGUACCUAUAAACUGCAUGUCCCCAGACUAAGCUGUGUCCACUGACCAAGUCACCUGCAUUUUUAAAACUUCAGAGAUACGAGGAACUAACAUCUUCCUUCCUGUCCAUCUGUCUUCUUUAACAUCAAUGUCUCUACCAGUAACUGCUGUCAUCUUGUUUUCUUUCUCACUUACCCUCCGCCUGCCCAAUACUGUGUGCAUCUUUAGUUUUGGCUGAGUUGCUAGGGGCGGAGUGACGUCACAAACGGUAGAAAAACACUCACAUGCAUGAGGGCAGAGCUUCCCCUUCCCCUCAUCACCAUACAUAACAAACCGAGAACAGCCCACAGCAGACGCCAUCAUGUUGUGCAUUCAAGCAGAAACCACAUCAGUGGCGCGUAAAAGCUGACUUGUUCACAUCAACACACUGACAGAAAGGUCUCUGCUGCUUUUGGUGCGACAGGAAGGUUUGCCGUUGACCUCGUUUGCUACUGUACAGCACGAGGAGGAGAGUGCGUUUGUGCAUCAGGCUGCUGUUUGCAGAGAAACGUGAAGCUGCUGGAGCAUGCGGUCACUGGUGGUCACUCCCGGCUUUCACCUCUCCCCUCCAUCCAUGCUGAUCAUUUAGGGAGAUGACAGAGAAGCAAAAGGUGUUCAGGGUGUGUGAGUGACAUGAUGAAGGACUGAUCACAGGAAAUUGCUGUUAAGUUAUGCCAUCAGUGUUUGUAUGAGGCAGGAAAUGACUCUGAAUAUGUCUGGAGCAUCCCCGGCCAACUCCUCCUGUGGACACAACAUGACCAGCUGGGACCAGCGCAUGGAUAAGAUGUACACCUACUUCUACCUGCUGCUCUUCAUCCCUGGGCUGCUGCUCAACACCACUGCUCUCUGGGUCCUCUGCAGACACAUUAGUAAGAAGACCAAGGCUGUGAUCUUCAUGAUAAACCUGGCACUAGCAGACCUGGCCCACAUCCUCUCUCUGCCCCUCAGGAUAUAUUAUUACUUCACACACACCUGGCCCUUCGGACGAGGCAUCUGCUUGUUCUGCUUCUACCUCAAAUACCUCAACAUGUACGCUGCUAUAGUGUUUUUGGUGUGUAUCAGCGUGCAGAGAUGUGUCUUCCUGCUUGACCCAUUCUCAGCUCGCCGGUGGAGGCGGCGCUAUGACCUGUUGAUCAGUCUUAUAGUGUGGGUGGUGGUCGGUCUGGCUUGCUCACCUUUCAUCCUGAUGCGGAGCAGCAGCAGUAACAGCUCCACCAGUCCUAGCAUUAGUACACAGACAGUCUAUAACAUGUCCUAUUCUCUGUAUGCCAGUUCUACCCAGCAGGUAGGUUACACCAAGCUUCAUGUGCCACCUACAAGUAUGAGCCCCAGCAGCCUCGGGCCAGGCUCAAGUCCUAGCUCUACCAAAGUCAGCUGUUUUAAGGAUUUGCCCAUGCGUCGUCUGUCCCUCUCUCUGGCUGUCACCAUGAUAACUCUUGCUGAGCUGUUUGGUUUCAUUAUUCCUCUGGCCUGCAUCACUUUUAGCUCAAUCCGCAUCACCCGCUCCCUCAACCAAAAAAAUGAGAAUGCAAACUCAACCACACUCAACUCCUCAGCACGCAGCCGAAUCCAGUCAGUCACCUCCAAUGGUCACACAGAUAAAUACCACGAAAAGCAGAUAAACGCUGAGAAGCGGCGCGCUCUACGGAUGGUGCUGAGCUGCUCUGCCCUCUUCUUGUUCUGCUUUGCCCCCUACCAUCUCAACUUCCUGCUCUACCUGAUGGUGUCGCAGGACGUAGUGUCCCACUGUGCAACGAGGCUGGCUGUGCGUCAGUUCCACCCGGUGUCUCUGUGCCUUGCGAGCCUGAGCUGCUGCCUCAACCCUCUGCUUUAUUACUUUCUGAAUGCAGAGUUCAGAUUGCACCUCACCAGGCGCACCUCCUCCUUCACCGCCUCGCUCCUCUCCUCCCCGAUCAGCUCCCCGAUCCAGCGUCCCACACAGCACAGAAUGACGAGCAUGGAGAGUAGCUGCUCAGACAGGGAGCAGCAUUAUUCAGAUGCUAAUUUGUUUUUUCCUAAGGAGAAUGACACGGCUAAAGAUGACAGAUAGUGCACUCUUGUAAACAGACUGACAAGAUCCAAGUUGGAUGAGAUGAUUUCACAUGUUACAGCUGUCUGAAUACAAACUGACCGAAGAGCUUUGACCCCAGCAUGAAGACUUCCCAGACAACACCGCUUUAGAACAAACAAAUCAUCAAUCAGCAACUGAACGGAUGUGUUUCAUGAGUGUGUGUACAGUAAUAUCUAUGUGAACAUCAUCACAGUGGCCUUGUGUACAUAAGCUACAGCUGGUUGUUUAUCUUACUAUAAAAAUACAACAACUUUAAAUAAGCUACAUCAUAAAUGUCAAUGCUGUAUGUAAAUGUUCUGUAAAUAAAAGCGCUAUCUGUUUUAUCUGGUGCUGUGUUGUUUGUGC